CUUCUCUUCACUUCGACUGCCGCCCUUAUUGGGCUUCGUUUCAUUCGAUUCUGCAGACGCGGAGCGCGCGUGUCACGUCACACUGCUACACAAUGCCGCGCGAGAUCGUGACAGUGCAGCUUGGCCAAUGCGGCAACCAAAUGGGUUCCGUGUACUGGCAACGGCUCUGUGCUGAGCAUGGUAUCAACAAGGAGGGGAUACUAGAGGAGUGGGCGACCGAGGGCGGCGACCGGAAGGACGUCUUCUUCUACCAGGCCGACGACGAACAUUACAUCCCCCGUGCGAUCCUUGUGGACUUAGAGCCUCGCGUCAUUCAUGGCAUCCUCGCAUCACCAUAUGCCAAUCUGUACAACCCGGAGAACAUCUUUGUUUCUCAGGACGGCGGUGGUGCUGGGAACAACUGGGCCCAAGGAUACUCGGCAGGCGAACGGAUCUACGAAGAAGUCAUGGAGAUGAUCGACCGAGAAGCGGAAGGCAGCGAUUCACUCGAGGGCUUCAUGCUCAUGCACUCCAUAGCGGGCGGGACAGGCUCUGGACUAGGCUCUUUCCUUCUUGAACGGCUAAACGAUAAGUUUCCGAAGAAGCUCAUUCAAACAUAUUCUGUCUUUCCAAACGCACAGGAGGGCGAUGUCGUAGUGCAGCCCUACAAUGCUCUCCUGACGCUAAAACGACUAACAAAUCACGCCGAUUCCGUCGUUGUUCUGGACAAUGGCGCCCUUGCACGGAUAUCAGCAGAUAGGCUACACGUCCAGACAGCAACGUUCGAUCAAACAAAUCAACUGGUGUCCACUGUGAUGGCUGCCAGCACCCAAACGCUUCGAUACCCUGGAUACAUGAAUAACGACCUCGUCGGCAUCAUCGCUUCUCUCAUCCCGACACCACGGUGCCACUUCCUGAUGACUUCAUACACCCCGUUCACGAGUGACCAAAUCGACAAGGCGAAACCCAUCCGGCGGACGACCGUUCUCGAUGUGAUGCGCCGCCUUCUCCAACCCAAGAACCGCAUGGUCUCGACAACGCCGAGCAAGACCGCCUGCUACAUCUCCAUCCUCAACAUCAUCCAGGGUGACGUCGACCCGACUGACGUCCACCAAUCGCUACUCCGUAUCCGCGAGCGCCAACUGGCCAACUUCAUCCCUUGGGGCCCUGCAUCCAUUCAGGUAGCGCUCACGCGCAAGUCGCCGUACAUCAGCACGGCACAUCGUGUCAGCGGACUCAUGCUUGCGAACCACACCAGCAUCGCUUCCCUCUUCAAGCGCAUGAUCGACCAAUUCGACCGGUUGCGCAAGAGGAACGCGUUCGUCGAGCAGUACAAGAAGGAGAAGAUGUUCGAGAACGGAUUAGAAGAGUUCGACGACGCCAGGGCUACUGCAGAAGAGCUCCAGAAGGAGUACAAGGCCUGCGAAAGUCCUGACUACAUCACAUACGGUUCCCCGGACGCCGAGCAACCAGCGUAACGGUCUCGUGCUCCAUGGGUCUAAGUUAUCUCUCCCUCGCGUGACGAUGACCAGCAAUCCCUUGCCGUACCGCCUGGGCCUUGCACUGUAUGAUAGUGUACCAUACCGGGGCACCCACAAUUUGCUCGCGACGGUGCGUCGGUAAGAUUCAGCGGUUCCAUUGGGCAAGUACGUGUUCCUCUACAUAUAUAUCACACGUCUGUACAAAAUUCGGUGCUAUCACAUCUUCCGAAGCUCAGUGAUG